UCAAGUUCUAUUGCAAGUUUGCAGUGAGUUUUCUGUUUUCAAUUUGUGCAUUUCCAUCAGUGAUUACGGAAAAGCUAACCACGUCGAUUAUUGCGGCAGUUUUAGGUCAUACGGAUAGUAAUGUGAUAUUUUCACCUCUGCUGCUAACUGAAGGUUUGUGGCAAAUGUAUUUGGGGGCAGAGGGCGACACGGCUGACGAAAUUAAAAAAGUCUUUCAGUUGGAUGUCAAACCAAAAAGCGAGGCAAUAAUGGAGUAUUCCAAUUGGCGUCACAGUUUCAAUCCCCUUGCAGCUGUGACACUGAAUUCGGCAUGUAGUCUGUUUGUGGCAAGUGAUAUUAACAUAUUGCCAGACUACCUGCAACAGUCAAGUGAUAUAUUUGGUAGCCUACCCUAUACUGUGGAUUUCGCAAACUCCUCAGCGACUAGCCAUUUAAUUAAUGACUGGGUAGCCAAUAACACCAAUGAUAAAAUAACCCAACUAAUUGACCAAACUGAUGGAAAUAUGAAAGUGAUGUUGCUAAGUGCGAUUUACUUUAAAGGUUCUUGGAAAUUCCCAUUUGAAAGCAAACUCACACGAAAAGACGAGUUUUAUAUACCCCAAGAAACUGGAGUUAAUCGAACAGUCCAAGUUGACAUGAUGUCUCGAAAAGGUCGACAUAGGCUAAACAGAAUUGAGAAAUUGGAUGCUAUGUCCUUGGAACUACCCUAUAACAAUUCGAAUUUGUCCAUGGUUAUUCUUCUGCCAAGAUCAGUUGAUGGAAUCAAGAAAAUUAUAGCGAAUCUGGAUCAAAUGGACAUCAAUGAGAUUGCACCAAAGUCAUAUGAAAUGCAGGUUAAAAUUGACUUGCCAAAAUUCAAAUUUGAUGUCAAUCUAGAACUGAAAGAUGCAUUGAAAAGUUUAGGCCUUGUUGAAUUAUUUUCGAGAGCAAAUCUCUCAGAUAUGACCGAUUCAAAAGCAGAUAUUCAAAUCAAUAAUGUCCGCCAGAGAGCUGUCAUUCAGGUGGAUGAGGAGGGAUCUAAAGACCCACAAGAAAUCAAAUUUUCAUACAUCAACUUUCCCAUGGUUGAGACUGACGUUCGCAUUAAUCAUCCAUUCAUAUUUAUAAUUAAAGACGAUGAUACAGUUUAUUUGGCCGGUCGCGUUACAAUGGAAUAAAAUGUAUUUUGAAAUAUCCAAUUUUUUCAAAGAAAAAUAAAUUCAA